GUUGGUAUUUAUAAUAAAGUGUACGAGUGUAAAGGUUUCUGUGAUUUUCCUCUCUGCUACAUUCACUGUACUGUGUCAUUUUGCGCAUGUGCCUUUAAGAAAGCAGGGAGGUGCUGAGGGGGCUGUGUUUCAUGGUAAAAUGAAAGUAAGCGUUCACUCAGGAAAUGAAACUGAACUCAUCAAGCUGAUGUGGAAGGUUUGGGAAUAUUUACAGGUGUUUCAGUCAGGAAAGCAACUCGUUGUUGGAGUGAAGGAAAUCUACAGCACUGAUCUUACAUCUACAGCCAAUGUAUUUUGAACAGGUUCAUCAGGACUGAUAUUUGUUUUAGGAGACCUGUUUACAUCAUGUCCUCACUAACGUUUGAAGUUGACCCUGACACGGAGGGCAUUCUGUCCGUGAAGUGUGAGCUGAAAGGGAAGGGCUGUAAGGACAGCGUUCUCCUCUCCAACCUGGAUUUUGCUGAGAGCAUCUUCAGGCACCAUCCUCUCAGCAAAGCUACGAGUCUUCUGGUCAAAGGAGAAUGGCAGUGUGUCCGAAUCGGCGAAGCUGAGGACAUCAUCUACACCGUAACGUCAGAGAAUAAUCAGGGCCGCCUCGACGGCUGCAUCUACUGCGAGGAUGACGUCAGCGAGUCGGACGUCAAGAGCAUCCACUUCAGCAUGCACUCCUGCCAAAACGAGAUCAAGUCCUGCUUCGUUCAAGCUAAAGAGGCAGCUAAUGCAAAAAACUUAGAAGCGCUAAAAAUCGCAUGCAACAGGUUUUCGAUCACCUACACCGUUAGGAACACACCAGAGAAGAUGGUGACAAUCAAAACAAAGUGCCAGUUUAAACUCGCUCCCAUAAAUGUUGAAGGAUUGCUUGAAAGGAAAUGCUGGAUGGAGAAAGAGAAGGCGGGCUGUAAAGUGUUGAACGCAGGGCUUGACCAUCUCAUUAAUAAGUAUCUCACCAUGCCUGAUGCUCCAAAGUACAACUGUAAAUUUAUUAUACAGGGAGAUGGAGAAAUAGCCGAAAUUAUUUCAACUUGUGCCUCCAACAAGCCUCAGGAACAAUUCGUACUAAUGAACAACGACUAUUCAAGGACGACCAUGUAUCCACCAUCAUGGAGGAAAAGCUGAUGAGACAUACAGAAUUGGAUUAGACAUAGGAUGAUAUUGGAUACAGGACAUGUUGGACAAAAGAUGUUCUUGCAUAUGGGACACUAUUGAACACAGAAAGAUAUUAAACACAGGACAAUAUUGGACAUGGGACACUAUAGAACUCAGGACUCUAUUGUACACAGGAUACUGUUGGACACUCUUAAACACAGGACGCUAUUGGACACAGAACAUUGUUGGACCCAGGUUGCUAUUAAAUACAGGAUGCUAUUAAUCAUGGGACGCUAUUGGACACAGGACACUGUUGGGCAUAAGAUGUCAUCGGGCACAAAACGCUUUUGGACGUAGGACAUUAUAGAACACGGGACGCUAUUGGACACAGGACACUAUCAAUUACAGGAUGCUAUUGGACACAGGACACUAUUAAACACGGGGCGCUAUUGGACACAGGACACUAUCAAUCACAGGAUGCUAUUGGAGACAGAGCACUAUUAAACACGGGACGCUAUUGGACAAAAGAUGCCAUUGAGCACAAAAUGCUAUUGGACACAGGAUGUUAUAGAACACGGGACACAUCGGACACAGGGCACUAUUCAACACAAGACGCUAUUGGAUACAGGACACAAUCACAGGAUGCUAUUGGACACGGGGCACUAUUAGACACAGGAUGCUAUUGGACACAGGACACUAUGAAUCACGGGAUGCUAGUGGACACAGGGCACUAUUAGACACAGCACGCUAUUGGACACAGGACACUGUUGGACAAAAGAUGCCAUCGGGCACAAAAUGCUAUUGGACACAGGACACUGUUGGACAAAAGAUGCCAUCGGGCACAAAAUGCUAUUGGACACAGGAUGUUACAGAACAUGGGAGACUAUUGGACAUGGCUCUAUUAAACAUGGGACACUAUUGGACACAGGGCACUAUUAAACAUGGGACACUAUUGGACACAUGGCUCUAUUAAACAUGGGACACUAUUGGACACAGGGCA